AUUUCCGCAUGUCUUCUGGGUCGUUCACGUGCGGUUUUAACGCUGCAACGCUCACCUAUGUUUGCACAGUCAGUGAAGGAAAAUUGAGCGGAACAUUUUUAAACGCAAGCCAGUCCACGGCCAAAAUUGUGUUUUGUUUAUGAGCGGUGCGAUGGAAUCUAACGUGGACCUCCUGUGGAAGAGCCCGGGAACCCGAGUCUGGGAUUUUUGCAUGGACGUGAUGCGCUCAUGAUGAAGUGUUGUUACAGUCCCUUCCUCCGGGCGGCAGUGCUGCUCCGCACGCUUCAGGUGAUUGUGGCUAAGUAAUUGAGCGGUCUCAGUUUUCGGAUUGUAAGAAAGGCGAAAGAAAAGUAUCUGACCAUUACUAACGGCCCGGGAAAGGUAGUUAACAGCGGCCACAUCACAAAGACCUAAAGAGAGCAGAGCUUUGAAUAUUCUGCUUUUGGGACCCACACUACAAAUGUGAUGCAGUCUCUUGCACAAGAAAUCAAAUCGUUUUCUAAAAACAAUUUGCGAAAACAAUGUACCCGGGUAACAACUUUAAGUGGGAGGCGAAUUAUUGAAACAUGGAAAGGAUCAGCUGUCCAUGUGGUUGAGGAUACAGCACAGUGUGAAACAGCAUGUGGCUACGUACAAGACAACACUUGGGAUCUCCAAGUUGGAUAUAUUAAGCCUUACUUACUGCUUGGCUCACAAGAUGCUGCCUACCACUUUGGCACUUUGAAGAAGUACAAGGUGACCCACAUUCUGAAUGUGGCAUAUGGUGGGGAGAGCGCAUUUCCAGACCUGUUUAUCUAUAAAACACUCAGCAUACUGGACCUUCCUGACACCAACAUCAUAUCACAUCUUCAGGAGUGCGCACAGUUCAUAGCCAAGGCCAAAGCUGAGAAGGGCAUCGUCCUGGUCCACAGCAACGCUGGAGUAUCUCGUUCCGUUUCGGUUGUCAUUGGAUACCUGAUGUCCAGGGAAGGCCAGACAUUUGAGGACGCCUUUUCUUUGGUGAAGUCAGCGAGGCCAGCAUCUUGUCCAAACCCAGGCUUCCUCGAACAGUUGAAAAGCUACCAACCGCAGGACAGUGCACAAGCAAAUGGCCUAGGCCAUGCCUGAACAUCAACGGGUAAUUCCCCCCACAGAACUGAUCCAGAUAAUUAAACCUUCAGUGCUUCCCCAGAGAUUUUUGCGAUGGAUUUGAUUUGACCAGCUGUAAUUUAACAUCGAAUAUGCAAAUUUAGAAUUAAGCAUUUGUAGGGUGGAAAAUGUAGAAGUGCAUUUAAAAACAACAAGAUACUGUAGAUUGAAAGAACCAUUCUUUCCACAAUUAACAUUUUUACUAUAAUUUCAUGGCGUAUCGGGAGUAGCUGGGGUGAAUAGAAUGGGUGAUUAGAAAUAAUGUAUAAAUGAGGCAACCUGAUGAUUCAGCUGUUAGAUUAGAGCCUUCAUGUUUUUUUUUUAAUCUAUUUAAAUUUUCCAAGUAAUUAAUCGAUCCAGAAUUAAGUAAUUAAAUCAGACAGCAUAUCAUUUUUUGCUGUAUGAAAAAUGCAUUUAAUUCUGUAUUAACACAGCAUUAAUUCAUUUAUAGCUUUGUUUCUUCUUAGCGACAUCUUGUGGUCAUUUCUUGGCAUCACACAGCGUGACAGAGCAGGCACAAAUAGGACUUCAUAAAGAUGUAUGUAUCAAAUAAUUGGUGUGACUGCAGUUCUGUGUGAGCAGUAUUAGGUAGCAGUGAGAAGUGUUCACAGCACUCCUUCCACUGGGAAAACUGGCUAUUAUUAUUAUUAUUAUUAUUUGCAUUUAUAUAGCACCUUUCUCAGACUCAAGGAUGCUUUACAAAUAUAUAUUAGCUUUUAGAGUUACUCAUGGCACUUGUGAUGUCAUGAUGUCACUUCCUGUUCCUUUGUUAUGAAGGCACCAUGUAAAUUUGUGAUUGAUAUCAAACAUAUAAAAGAACUUUGAUGGUUGCACAGGAAACACUUUGAAUUAUUGUUCCUGUUAUCAAUUUUGUAUAGCUAAAUAAAACCAUUUUUCUAUAUCUAUGCCAUACAGCUGCCCAACUAAAUUGUAGGUCUUAAGAUUUUGAACAAAAUGGAGUGUUUUUGUAAUUCAAAAACACAAAGUACCUUUCACAGCUUGUGUAUGUUUUUAUAACUUGCAUGUAGUACUUUUCUGAUUUUAUCUAUUGGUUGUUGGCUGUGUGUAGGCAUCUAUGAUAUGGUUCCUCUUCUAAACUCUUUGGUCUCAAAUGCUGUGCUGUUCUAUCUCCUUUAAAGUGUCUGGAAUGUUUGGGUGUUCAGAUGAGUAACUGGGAGCUGCUCACUGUAGCUCUACCCAGCCCUGUUGACUAGGAACUGCUCACUGUAGCUCUACCCAGCCCUGUUGACUAGGAACUGCUCACUGUAGCUCUACCCAGCCCUGUUUGUUCAGAUAAGCGACUGGGAGCUGCUCACUGUAGCUCUACCCCAGUCCUGUUUGACUGGGAGCUCACUGUAUCUCUAUCCAGCCCUGUUUGUUCAGAAGAAUAACUGGGAGCUCACUGUAGCUCUACCCAGUCCUGUUUGUUCAGAUGAGCGACUGGGAGCUCACUGUAGCUCUACCCAGCCCUGUUUGACUGGGAGCUCACUGUAGCUCUACCCAGCCGUGUUUGACUGGGAGCUCACUGUAACUUUAUCCAGCUCUGUUUGACUGGGAGCUCACUGUAGCUCUACCCAGCCCUGUAUUGGUUCUAACUGAUCUGCUUGCCAAAGCAGUGCCUUAUCGUAAGUGAUUUCCACGUUCUGGAGACAUGGCACGCAAAUGCACUGUAACUAAGGGGAAGUUUGCUCAGAAUAUUGUGCACACUGACUAUGUUAAUAAUGAAACUCAAAUAUUACACUAAUUUAAUUUAUUAACAGACUCCAACUUCUGUCAGUGAGUGUGUACAAUGGUUUAAAGUUACAUUUUGAUUGUGCAAUGUUGAUUUAAUUAAUUAAGUUUGCAAGAAGAAAUAUACAGUAAUUUUUACAAUUACAUUUUCAGAACACAUACUAGUAAUAUUUCAAAAAUGUUUUAGUUUUCUGUAGUAAAUACAUAUACUUCACACAGAAGGUCUGUAUCUUACAAUAUUCCAUGUCUACUUUGAGCACUUCUGUUGUCUGUUUCUUACAGCUGUGUUGGUAUCUAAAAUGGGACUGUAGUUGACACCUAGAUUAUAUUUAAAAUAUCUGAAUAUAAAAAGACUGAAAAGAAAUUGAUAAUUCUGUACUGUAUAGAUUUAGUAUUUGAUUUUGUGAUGUAUUCCAAGGUGUGUUUUAAUUCUUAAAUAUGAA